UCACUCACUCACUCACUCACAUAUCUAUGGUUAAAAGAGUUCAAUCAUCUCGAAUUUUAAGAAAACCACUCUCAUCACUUUUUCUCAUUAGUCAAAUAGAAGCAAAAAUAUAUCAUUGAAGUUUCACUUGCACCAUUUAAAUUCACUUCAGCUUCAUCACAAACAAAGACACAUAAUAGUAAAAGUUAUAUCUGCAUCAAGAAGAAACUUGAAAGAUGAGUUCUUCUAAACCUGCUCCAAAGCCAAACACAGAUGAUUACAAGCUAAAAGACACAAAGCCAGAGCUAGGAGAAAAAUGGCCACAUGGAGGACAACGAGGCGGAACUGGUUGGCUAUACAGCGAAAGAGCAACGAGCACUUACGACCUUGUGGAACAGAUGUUCUACCUCUAUGUUCGUGUUGUCAAAGCCAAAGAAUUGCCACCAAAUCCAGUCACAGGAAAUGUAGAUCCUUAUGUUGAAGUGAAAGUUGGCAACUACAAAGGAAAAACAAGACACUUUGAGAAGAAAACAAACCCCGAAUGGAAGCAAGUUUUCGCUUUCUCGAAGGAGAAGAUACAAUCAUCGGUUGUUGAAGUAUUUGUAAGAGACAAAGAGAUGGUAGCUAGAGAUGAUUAUAUUGGAAAAGUUGAAUUUGAUAUGCAUGAAGUUCCAACAAGAGUUCCACCAGAUAGUCCUUUGGCGCCGCAAUGGUAUAGACUAGGGAAUUUGAAAGGUGAAACAAGAACAAGAGGUGAAGUUAUGUUAGCUGUUUGGAUGGGAACACAAGCUGAUGAAGCUUUUCCUGAGGCAUGGCAUUCAGAUUCAGCUUCAGUUAAAGGUGAAGGAGUUUACAAUAUUAGAUCAAAGGUUUAUGUUAAUCCUAAACUUUGGUAUUUAAGGGUUAAUGUAAUUGAAGCUCAAGAUGUUCAGCCACAUGAUAAAAGCCAACCACCACAAGUUUUUGUAAAAGCUCAAGUUGGACAACAAGUGCUUAAAACUAAGCUAUGUCCGACUAAAACGCCGAAUCCAAUGUGGAACGAAGAUCUUGUAUUCGUAGCUGCUGAGCCGUUCGAAGAAAACCUCGUGUUGACGUUGGAGAACAAGGCGAGUCCAGGGAAAGACGAAGUUGUGGCAAAGUUAACCUUGCCGUUGAACAAAUUCGAGACUCGGAUGGAUCAUCGGCCAGUGCAUUCGCGGUGGUACAACGUUGAAAGAUUUGGUUUCGGCGUUCUCGAAGGUGAUAAAGGUAAUGAACUUAAAUUCUCAAGUAGGAUUCACCUUAGAGUUUGUCUUGAAGGUGCUUAUCAUGUUCUUGAUGAAUCCACAAUGUAUAUAAGUGAUACAAGAACAACUGCUAGACAACUAUGGAAGCAACCAAUUGGGAUUCUUGAAGUUGGAAUAUUGAGUGCACAAGGACUUUCACCAAUGAAAACAAGCAAUGGUAAAAGUUCAACAGAUGCUUAUUGUGUAGCAAAAUAUGGUAUGAAAUGGGUUAGAACAAGAACAAUCACUGAGAGUUUUAAUCCAAAAUGGAAUGAACAAUACACAUGGGAAGUUCAUGAUCCUUGCACAGUUAUAACUUUUGGUGUUUUUGACAAUUGUCAUUUAGGUGGUGGAAAUUCUCAACAAAGUGGAGCAAAAACUAAUGAUGCAAAAAUUGGUAAAGUUCGAAUUCGAUUAUCAACUUUAGAAAUGGAUAGAAUCUACACAAACUCAUAUCCAUUACUUGUUCUAAAACCUUCUGGAUUGAAAAAAAUGGGAGAACUUCAAUUAGCGAUUCGUUUCACAUGUCUUUCUUUAGCUCACAUAAUUUACCUUUAUGGACACCCUUUACUUCCAAAAAUGCAUUACUUGCAUCCAUUCACUGUGAACCAAUUAGAUAGUUUACGAUAUCAAGCUAUGAAUAUCGUAGCAGUGAGGCUAGGAAGAGCAGAACCACCUCUUAGGAAAGAAGUAGUUGAGUACAUGCUUGAUGUGGAUUCACAUAUAUGGAGUUUAAGAAGAAGCAAAGCAAAUUUUUUCAGAAUUGUUUCACUUUUUUCAGGUGUAAUAUCUAUGAGUAAAUGGCUUGGUGAGGUACAAAAGUGGAAGAAUCCAGUGACAACAAUACUAGUUCAUGUUCUUUUUUUCAUCUUAAUAUGUUAUCCAGAAUUGAUCCUACCAACAAUUUUUCUCUACAUGUUUCUCAUUGGAAUAUGGAAUUUUAGGAAAAGACCUAGAAACCCUCCACACAUGGAUACAAAAAUUUCUUGGGCUGAAGCAGCACAUCCUGAUGAACUAGAUGAAGAGUUUGAUACUUUUCCAACCUCUAAAGCACAAGAUGUGAUAAGAAUGAGGUAUGAUAGGCUUAGAAGUGUUGCAGGAAGAAUACAAACUGUGGUUGGUGAUAUUGCAACACAAGGUGAGAGGCUUCAAGCUUUGCUUAGUUGGAGAGACCCAAGAGCAACAUUUUUGUUUGUUAUCUUCUGUCUUGUAACUGCUGUGGCAUUAUAUGUUACACCGUUUAAGAUUGUUAUUUCUGUUGCUGGGAUUUUCUGGCUAAGGCAUCCAAAGUUUAGGAGCAAGUUGCCUUCUGUGCCUAGCAAUUUCUUCAAGAGGUUGCCAUCUGGUGCUGAUAGCAUGCUUUGAGCAAGAUACAUUUUAAAAGUUAGAACCCAUUUGGGUUGGUCCGGUGGUAUUGGUUUUGGAUCUGGGAGUGUGCUCCUCCUCAAGGUCUCAGGUUCGAUUCUCCCCAGUCUUAAAGAGGUUGCCAUCUGGUGCUGAUAGCAUGCUUUGAAUUGGCCUUUACUACAGAUCAGUUAUUUGGACGUCGCAACCGCGGUUUUAUCCUGGUUCAAGCGGUUUUAGACGGUUGAAUCGUGAUUUGAGAUCUUGCGAUUUCGUUUUGUUUGGUUUUGGAAACAUUGGCUUUGAGGAUUCAAAUGAUCAAAACACAAGAUCUCUUGCUGUUUAUUUUUUUCUUUUCACUUGUUUUGUUUUGUAUGAGUGCAUUAGUAAUUCUUUACUUUUGAUGUAUACGCAGUUAUUAUUGAUUUU